AUGACCAUCAGCCCUCAACUGCCCGAUCCCCAAGAGUCCGAUGCAUAUGAGGAGGACUAUGAGACGUUUUAUAUACGCGCUCGCUUCAUCACAGGACUCGUCUUUUACCCGAUUAUUUGUUUACUCGGAAUGACCGGAAACGUCAUGUCGAUUAUCGUGAUGUCCCAACGUCAAAUGCAAUCUUCAACGAACACAUAUCUCUUAGCGCUCGCCGUGUCUGAUCUAAUAAAACUGUUUUGUGAUUUUCUCUAUUUCACAGUGAUAUUGUUGUUCCAAAUUGACACACCGACCGGAAACAAAGCUUACGCAUUCCUUUACCCAUACGCGCAUUACGUUUUCAACGCAUCACUGUGCAUAUCAGCUUGGUUAAUAGUGUCUGUUGCAGUAGAACGUUACGUUUACGUUUGCCACCCUACCAAAGUAAAAAUAUAUUGUAGUAUCUACAAAGCACGCAUUAUAUCAUCGUCAGUUUUAAUAAUGAUGGCAGCUCUUGCAGUACCGUAUGCCUUGCGGUAUCGGACCACUCAGCGACUAAAUAACGCUACAGGACAUAUCGAGUAUGACGUCAUUGUGACGGAACUUUGGCAACAUGAGUUAUUUACAGAGAUAUACACAUGGUUCCAGAAUCUCAUGCGCUCGAUCAUUCCACUUGUUCUAUUAAUCGUUCUUAACACCCUUAUUAUUAACGGUUUACGACGAUGCCGCAUAUUCCGCUCAAACGCUCCAAAAAAACACCGCAUCACAACUAUGUUGAUCGUAGUUAUAAUUGUGUUUCUCGUCUGUAUUACCCCUGACACAAUCAUGUCAACUGUCUUCGGAUAUGGGUAUUCUGAGGAGAAUUAUCUAGCUAGAGGCAUUAGAGAAAUUACUGACUUGUUGCUCCUCAUCAACUCCGCUACCAAUUUUGUGAUAUAUUGUAUAUUUAACACAAUCUUUUGGUGCCAGUUUCAACGGAUAUUUUGUUACACAUGUCGACGGCAGUCUGGCAUCACAGAUACAAGAAACAUUGCAUUACUAAAUAUGGGGGUUGCUCGUUCAUUGAUUCGGCGAAGAAGGGAAUAGUUAUGAACUCAUUUUGAUAUAAAAUCUGAUUGUCUUUUUUUAAUCGACAUUGAUAAGGUUAAA